AUGGCCGUGGCGAUGCAAGCGACAGCCGAAGCUUUAGGAAAUCAAAUAAACCAUGGAAAUAAUGGCAACAACGGCGAUGAGGGUCCUAUGACGCUUUAUUCCUUCCUGAAGGCUCAGCAAGUUUCUGAAGAACAGUGGGUUGAGUUUGGAACCUACCAGUUGCAAGGUGAGGCUCAACAUUGGUGGCAGGGCAUGAGGCGUAUUCUACAGUCUGAUGGGGUUAUAAUUUCUUGGAAAUUAUUCCGAACAGAGUUUUAUAAGAAGUACUUUCCCAGUUCAGUCAGAAAUGCUAAGGAACUUGAAUUGCUUCAGCUAAAACAAGGAGUUAUUGAGGAUUUUGCUGAGUGGAAAUGUAUCAAGUAUGAGGGAGGCCUUCGGAGCGAUAUUAUGAGCUUCGUUGCACCUAUGGAGAUCCGGGUGUUUUUUGAACUUGUGAACAAGAGUCGAAUAGCUGAGGAAUGUGUGAGGAACGUAGCUGUGGCAAAGAAUGAUAACUGGGAGUCCCACCGAAGAGAUUACUGUUAG